GCUGCAAGGAAUGCUGAUGUGCCGGUUGUGUUGGAUGCUGGAGGAAUUGAUGGGCCACUUCCGCCGGAAUUAUUGGGUUUUGUUGAUAUUUUGAGUCCUAAUGAAACUGAACUUGCUCGCCUUACGGGAAUGCCAACGGAAAGUUUUGAAGAGAUUGCACGGGCUGCUUUGAAAUGCCAUGAAUUGGGAGCUAAGCAAGUUCUUGCGAAACUUGGCCACAAAGGAUCUGCCCUUUUUAUAGAAGGAGAAAACCCAAUUCAGCAGCCUGCCAUACUCGCUAAAACAGUCAUUGAUACAACUGGUGCCGGUGAUACUUUGACUUCUGCUUUUGCUGUGGCCUUAGUUGAGGGCAACUCCAAGAAGGACUGCCUCAGAUUUGCCGCUGCUGCAGCUUGUCUUUGUGUUCAAGUGAAGGGAGCCUCUCCCAGCAUGCCUGAUAGGAUAUCUGUUUCGGAUCUUCACAAUUGUCAAUGA